AUCACCCAUAAUAUUUUGAGCAUUCAGAAACACACCAAGCGAAGCGCACUAGCAACGACCUAACAACAAUGGCUACCAAGAUAUUAGCCCUCCUUGCGCUUCUUGCCCUUUUUGUGAGCGCAACAAAUGCGUUCAUUAUUCCACAAUGCUCACUUGCUCCUAGUGCCAUUAUUCCACAGUUCCUCCCACCAGUUACUUCAAUGGGCUUCGAACACCUAGCUGUGCAAGCCAACAUGCAACAACAAGCGCUUGCGGCGAGCGUCUUACAACAACCAAUUGCCCAAUUGCAACAACAAUCCUUGCCACAUCUAACAAUACAAGCCAUCACAACGCAACAGCAACAACAGUUCCUACCAGCACUGAGCCACCUAGCCAUGGUGAACCCUGCCGCCUACUUGCAAGAGCAGCUGCUUGCAUCCAACCCACUUGCUCUGGCGAACGUAGUUGCAAACCAGCAACAACAACAGCUACAACAGUUUCUGCCAACGCUCAGUCAACUAGCCAUGGUGAACCCUGCCGCCUACGUACAACAACAACAACUGCUUUCAUCUAGCCCGCUCGCUGUGGGCAAUGCACCUACAUACCUGCAACAACAAUUGUUGCAACAGAUUGUACCAGCUCUGACUCAACUAGCUGUGGCAAACCCUGUUGCCUACUUGCAACAGCUGCUUCCAUUCAACCAACUGACUCUGUCGAACUCUGCUGCGUACCUACAACAGCGACAACAGUUACUUAAUCCAUUGGUAGUGGCUAACCCAUUGGUCGCCGCCUUCCUACAGCAGCAACAAUUGCUGCCAUACAACCAGUUCUCUUUGAUGAAUCCUGUCUUGUCGAGGCAGCAACCCAUCGUUGGAGGUGCCAUCUUUUAGAUUACAUAUGAGAUGUACUCGAUAAUGGUGCCCUCAUACCGACGUGUGUUUCCUAGAAAUAAUCAAUAUAUUGAUUGAGAUUUAUCUCGAUAUAUUUCU